AUGCUAAGAACUGUGGUGAAUGUCGCUAGACAAAGACCUAUGAUGAUGGCCAAGGCCAACAUGCAGAUGCUGAGACCUGUCAGGUUCUACUCUCAAGGCCUAUCCAAGGAUGUUGUUCAGAAGCGUGUUGUUGAUGUGAUCAAGGCCUUCGAUAAGACUAGUGCCAGCGCUAACAUCACUGAGGACACCUUGUUCCACAAGGACUUGAAGCUGGACUCUCUGGACACGGUCGAGUUGCUAGUUGCCAUCGAGGAAGAGUUCGAUGUUGAAUUCCCAGACAAGGUUGCCGAUGAGCUAAAGAGCGUCAAGGAGACUGUGGACUACAUUCUGUCCAACCCAGAUGCCAACUAA